AUGAAGCCAAUGUCGCGUCUCGAUGAUAUUCCUUCAACCCCGGGCAAGUUCAAGAUGGAUAAAUCUCCCUACUUCCACCGCACCCGGUGGCAAUCCUCCGUCGCCAAGCUCGCCUUCUGGUCCCUCGUCUUCCUCGGCCUCAUCUUCAUCUUCUUCUACCGAUCUCCCUCUUCCAAUCCCGCCUCCUCCGAUCCCUCCCGCCGCUCCCUCCGCACCUACUCCUGGGGCGGCCCCGCCUGGGAGAAACGCGUCCGAUCCUCCGCCCGCGUCCGCACCCGCCACGGCGUCUCCGUUCUCGUCACCGGCGCCUCCGGAUUCGUCGGCACCCACGUCUCCGCCGCCCUCAAGCGACGCGGCGACGGCGUCCUCGGCCUCGACAACUUCAACGAUUACUACGAUCCGUCUCUCAAGAGAGCGAGGCAAGCCCUCCUGGAGCGCAGCGGUGUCUUCGUGGUGGAGGGAGACAUCAACGACGCCGCGCUCCUCAAGAAGCUCUUCGAAGUCGUCCCCUUCACCCACGUUAUGCAUUUGGCCGCUCAGGCCGGGGUCAGGUACGCCAUGGAGAACCCCAGCUCCUACGUUCACAGCAACAUCGCCGGAUUCGUCAAUCUCCUCGAGGUCUGCAAAUCGGCCAAUCCCCAGCCGGCGAUCGUGUGGGCUUCCUCCAGCUCCGUCUACGGAUUGAACACCAGAGUGCCCUUCUCGGAGAAGGACAGAACCGACCAGCCAGCUAGUCUCUACGCUGCUACCAAGAAAGCCGGCGAAGAGAUUGCCCACACUUACAACCACAUCUACGGCCUCUCUCUCACCGGCUUGAGGUUUUUCACCGUCUACGGGUGA